AUGAACCUUGGGCUCUCGUCUCUUCGGUCAGCGGUCAAGCGCAAGUUCUCCGCCGCCCGUCUAGCGGGAGACCUCACCUUCUCCGACACUAAAUUGACUAUCCUGAAGACACGACAAGGAGUGCCUUUCCAACUUCGGUACUGUCCAGCCUUGGCGAAGAAACCCAUCGAUAACAUCGCUCCUCCAAAGGACGAAUCCAAGGCUUCGAAGCCCAAAUUCGAUCCUUUUGCCAAUCCAAGCUCAGAGCUCCUCGUCGCUAAUGUGCCGCCGCCGAGCCCAUCCCAUGCUCUCGUUCUGAACAAGUUUCCUGUCAUCCCGAACCACUUCAUCCUCGCCACGAAAGAGGACAAGCCGCAGACUGACCUCUUAGAUCCCGGCGACUUGGCAAUGACUUAUGCCUGUUUGGAAGCCUGGCCAGAAGAUGAAACGGACUCUGGCUCCGCCGACGACGAACUAUUUGCCUUCUUCAAUUCUGGCCCUCACAGCGGUGCGAGCCAGCCACAUCGCCACCUGCAGUUCCUCCCAAUACCAGACAUGAAAACGGGUCUCACAGACCCCGAUGCAGCCUCAUGGCGACCUCUCAUCGAGAGCCUUUCAACGCCACACGCUAUCUCGGAGCCCUACCAGCUGGCUCACAACCCGACUUUCCCCUUCACAGCUCUAUCCACAGCGCUCCGUCCGGGCCUCACCCCCGCUGAACUAUACGACCGCUACAUCACUCUACUUCGUGCGGCUUCGCUUCUCACCGCCGAAACCUCACACGUCCCAUCGCUACAAGACCUCACUUCUGCUCGCAUCACCGACCCGGAAGACUCGAAACACGUGUCCUUCUCCUACAACCUCGCGCUCACGAGAGAUCGCAUGGCCAUCUGUGCGCGUCGCGCCGAGGGCUUUUCGAUUCCUGGCUUGCCAGACAGUCACGUCGCCCUCAAUUGCACGGUGCUCGCGGGGACGAUGAUGGUGAAGGAGUGUGCGGAGUGGGACGCACUGAGGAGCGCACCUGAAGCGUUGGACGGGCUGCUGGCCGAGAUAGGAUAUCCCCCUUGGAGGGAGGACGGUGUGAGGUUAUGA